AUAAGCAAAAAGGCGAUGGGAGUCUGUCUUCCUUAUAAUUUCAUAAACGGUCCAAAUCGUCAAACUGUGUGUGUUCUAUUAGAUCUAAAAGAAUGCCAAAGAUCUCCAUUUUCAUUUACCUUACUUUAGCUUUUCUCUUCCUCUUGCUCAUCUCUCGCAACCCUUCCAAGCCCUCUAACCGACGUCACCGCCGCCUCAAGCUCCGUUCCACUUUCAACUUCUCCGACCCCUACCACCACCACCACCAGGACCCCAUCGUUUUUGACCCUCUCGUUGCUGACAUCGAGCGCCGCCGCGAAGACAAGCAAUGGGAGAAGCACUACUUUGAGCAAGCCCAUCCUGAAAUCGUUAACCAUGCUGACCACCAUGACUCCGCUCCUGCCCACGAGGCCCAACCUGAGUGGGAGGAUUUCCUGGAUGCCGAGGAUUACUUGAACGACGAAGAGAAAUUCAAUGUCACCAAUAGGUUAUUACUGCUUUUUCCGAAAAUUGAUGUGGACCCAGUUGAUGGCUAUGUGAGCGUGCAUGAAUUGACUGAGUGGAACUUGAAUCAAGCGGAGAGGGAAGUCGUGCAUAGGACUCAAAGGGAGUUGGAUGUUCAUGACAAAAAUCACGACGGAUUCAUAUCUUUUGCAGAGUAUGAGCCUCCCAGUUGGGUUCAAAAUUCAGAUAAAAAUUCUUUUGGCUAUGAUAUGGGCUGGUGGAGAGAAGAACAUUUUAAUGCAUCAGAUACAGAUGGAGAUGGUCUUUUGAAUGUAACAGAGUUCAAUGACUUUCUGCAUCCAGCUGACAGCAAAAACCCAAAGCUGCUUCAAUGGUUGUGCAAGGAGGAAGUAAGGGAAAGAGAUUCAGACAAAGAUGGGAAGGUUAGUUUUAAAGAAUUCUUCCAUGGACUAUUUGACUUGGUGAGGAAUUAUGAUGAAGAAAGUCAUAGUUCUUCACAUCUCUCUGAUGAUUCAACGGAGGCCCCAGCUAAGACAUUAUUUGCUCAGCUAGACAAAGAUGGUGACAGAUAUUUGUCUGACACUGAGUUACUGCCCAUAAUUGGAAAGCUUCAUCCUUCAGAGCAUUACUAUGCAAAACAACAAGCUGAUUACAUCAUAUCACAGGCUGAUACAGAUAAAGAUGGGCGCCUAUCCUUGAUGGAGAUGAUUGAGAACCCAUAUGUAUUUUACAGUGCUGUUUUCAAUGAUGAAGAAGAUGACGAUUAUGAUUUCCAUGAUGAAUUCCGUUAAUUUAAACUAUGGGCUACCAAGAAAAGAAAACGGGCUGUUCUGAAAUUAUAUCUUAGCAGGAAUUUUGUGCAUUAUAGAGUUAGCAAUCAGAAAGAAGGUUACAAACUUAAGAGAGGAGAAAAAAGAGUAAAUCUGGUAAGCUGACCUGCUGUCGAUGAUUUUAUUCAUUAGAAAUAAUUGUCCAAUGACGGUAGCACGGCUCAAUUUGUAUCUUCUUUUUAUUGUUAUUAUUAUUAUUAUAUAUAUCAGAUUAUGGUGCUCUGAUCAUUCUGUGUUGCAAAUUCCCGCAACAGAUGGUAGUUGGAAUAUCAAUUAUGGCAUAAUGUUUUUCUUAAAGUUAAGAUGGUUUUGUAAUUUUUGGUUUUUAGAUGUUGAACGUUUCCGACUCUUGAUUGUUGAUGUACGUUGCGCUGAUCAAUGAUUUAUAUAUUUAUAUGUUUUUUUUGAAUAAA